AUGGAAGCAAGCAACUUUCUGAGUUGUCCUCUGAUUCAUAACAUUUCUGUCAAAGCACCAGAGAUCCAGGGUUGGUUAAUAUGUGAGGAGCCAACUUGCCAGAAUCGAACCCGUCGGCUUCCGCUGAGUUUCUCCCGGAGUGGCCCCGUGUGCCAGGCCUGCAAGAAGGCUGUUCUGAGACCAGAGUAUUCUGAUAAGGCCCUGUACACUCAGCUCUGCUUCUACCGAUACAUUUUUGAUGUGGACUAUGCGAUGGAUAAAGUGAUUUCUGAAGAAGAUAAAGAGUAUUUGAAGAAGAAGCCAGUCAGGAGGGAAAUCUCUGAGGCCUACAAAAGACUGAAGAGCACUGUAGACAAAUGCCUGUCCAUGAGUGCCUACUCAGAAGUGAACCUUGGCAAACUCUUCACUGUCAGUAUAGGAAGAUCUGUGGGAGACUCCAGUACUGAAAGACAAUGAUUGAUUAAAAAUGGAGGGAGGUUAGCCCCUUGUUUAUCAGUAAUGAUCUCUUCAGUGAUACUUUAUUUCAGUAUGUACAAUGAUGUUUUAAUAAUUUUGUCUCUUUGGAGGAGGAAAAAUGGGAGAUGAAAACAGGAUGUAUGAUUCUCAUGGAUAUGAAGUAUUCAAGGUGUUUUUUAUCUUCCUGUCUUCAUUGAGAAAUCAGGGUUAUUAAAAUAUGGAGUAGUUGAUUUUUGCAAUAUUUUUUGUUGUGUAUUUAGACCGAUGAGGGAAAAGGGGGUGGGGGAAUUGCUGCUUUAAUUGGAUAAUUCCCAGUGAGAGUUGCUGGAAUGUAAGUGAUCCUAGACUUUGCUCCAGGGUAUUUACUAGAGGUGCUCUCAGGAAGAGAGGUUAGUAGAGGUCUCAGUAGGAGCACUAAUGUUUUGCCUUUUCACGGUUUAUCUUCUUCCUGAUCAUAAACAUACCAAUUAAAAACAAUACUAAACCUAAAUGCAUUUAAAUGUCCUAUUACCUUCUGAAAAGAGGUAGGGAUGCUUUACUUUGAAAUUCAUUCAGGAACGACUGAAACCUGGAGGUGCUAAAAAUAGGGACCAUCUUUUUAUUAGGAGUCUUUCCAGGCAUCUUUAAGCAUAGUAUUUUGCAACGUUGAAAAUUUCUGUGUGGAUGUAAAGACAUGCCCAUGAACAAAACCCAUUUCACACAUACAGCGGAUAUAAAUGUGUUUCAUUUCAAAGUAUUUGAAAGUAAGCAAUCGAUAGGGAAAAAUAUUUUUGGGAUGGCAUUGUAACCAAUAACAGGGGAAUGGUAAGCAGCAAAUCAUAGUUACUGUUCUGUAAUAAUUACCGUGUUGGAGGUUUUACAGUUUUUACAAACAAAUGUAUUUUUCAUUUACUUCUAAUAAAAUGACAAGCAGAUAUGACAAGAGAAUAAAUUUGGGUACAUGCUUUUGUACACAAAAUAUUGUUGUACUCUGUUCACUGUUAAGUUUGCAAUGUGAUAUAUUAAUGUAAGGUUAUAAAAAAUGGCUUUUAAAUUUUGAACAGUAUAAAAUGUAAAGUUUUUUCACACUUGAAUAAAAAUAAAGUUUUCUAGUAAAAGAGAACUUGAUUCUAUGGUUUGAUGGUUGAAAAUAGUCCAUGUUAGGUCAUAUUGCUCUGGACUUUUCCUGGUCUUACAGAAUUGCUUGUGUGUCUGUUUUUAGGAUGAACAGCCAAAGGAAGCUUGAAGAAAAAGUAAGAGGAUCAGCAUGAACAUGUUUGGUACAGGAGGGAUACAUGUGUCUGUUUGUGUUCAGAGUAUUUUAUGACAUUCAUUUGUCCCCAGAGUAGCAUUUGGAAGAGGCUGUGUGUCAGUAUGGGUAGUGUCAGUUUGAAUAUGCCUAAAUGCACAGUAAUCUUCCUAGCAACUUUUGGAACUAAACCCUUUCAUUUCUGCUCACAUGGAAUCACUACAGUGAGAAAUGGAACCUGUGCAGUCUCUGGUGUUGUGCAGGUGUUGUCCCACCCUGGUGAGCUAUUGAUCCUUCCAAUAUGUUUAGUUGGGUUAAUACUGUAAAACAGACUUUAUUUGGAGUCUUGUCUUGGAAGAGAAGGUGUUGCUGCCAAGAUGAUGUACUGAAGUUGCAGAACUUCAAAAGAUUCUGGUUUCUUGUAAUUUCAUGCAGGGAUUUUUAGAUUUUUUGUGUCUGGCCCAAUUAGGAUUAUGAAGUUACUACUAGGAUUAACUGGGUAGAACGCCUCAGGAAUGUGAAAAGUGUGACUUUCUCCUCCAAACAUUAGGUAUACAAAU